AUGGCAGACCUCAAACUCUCUGAUACUCGAGACCUAACAAGAAUCGAGCGCAUAGGCGCUCACUCCCACAUCCGCGGUCUGGGGCUUGACUCAGCCCUUGAACCACGCGCCGUCUCUGAAGGAAUGGUGGGACAGACCUCAGCCCGCAAAGCCGCCGGUGUCAUCCUUCAAAUGAUAAAAGAAGGAAGAAUCGCAGGUCGAGCCGUUCUUAUCGCGGGUCAACCCGGAACUGGUAAAACCGCAAUCGCCAUGGGCAUGGCAAAAUCUCUAGGUCUUGAAACCCCAUUUGCGAUGAUUUCCGCCAGCGAAAUAUUUUCUCUUGAAAUGUCGAAAACCGAGGCUUUAAUGCAGUCGUUUAGGAAAGCGAUUGGGGUUAGGAUCAAAGAAGAAACCGAGGUGAUUGAAGGUGAAGUUGUGGAAAUUCAAAUUGAUAGGCCAGCAGUAGCUGGUGCUGCUUUAAAAACAGGGAAAUUGACUAUGAAGACGACGGAGAUGGAAGGGGUUUAUGAUUUGGGAGCAAAGAUGAUUGAGAGCUUGGGAAAGGAAAAGGUGCAGAGUGGGGAUGUUAUUGCUAUUGAUAAGCCUUCUGGGAAAGUUACUAAGCUUGGUAGGUCAUUUUCGAGGUCGAGGGAUUAUGAUGCUAUUGGACCGCAGGUUAGGUUUGUUCAGUGUCCUGAUGGUGAGUUGCAGAAGAGAAAAGAGAUCGUGCAUUGUGUCACACUUCAUGAAAUUGAUGUCAUUAACAGCAGAACACAGGGAUUUCUGGCUCUCUUCACUGGUGAUACUGGUGAAAUCCGUGCAGAAGUAAGGGAACAAAUUGACACAAAAGUGGCAGAAUGGAGAGAGGAAGGCAAAGCAGAGAUUGUGCCGGGCGUUCUCUUCAUCGAUGAGGUGCACAUGCUUGACAUUGAAUGCUUCUCUUUCCUGAAUCGUGCCCUUGAGAAUGAGAUGGCUCCAAUAUUAGUUGUUGCCACCAACAGAGGGAUUACCACCAUACGAGGAACAAAUUACAAAUCUGCACAUGGGAUUCCAAUAGAUCUCCUCGAUCGCCUACUUAUCAUUGCUACUCAACCUUAUACAAAGGAUGACAUUCGCAUGAUUCUGGACAUCAGAUGCCAAGAAGAAGAUGUAGAGAUGGCUGAAGAGGCAAAGGCUCUGUUGACUCAUAUUGGGGUUGAAACUUCCUUGAGAUAUGCUAUCCAUCUAAUUACUGCUGCUGCAUUGGCAUGCCAGAAACGAAAAGGAAAGGUUGUAGAGAGCGAGGACAUCACUCGAGUCUACAAUCUGUUUCUGGAUGUGAAGAGAUCAACACAAUACUUGAUGGAGUAUCAGGAGCAGUACAUGUUUAAUGAAGCACCAAUUGGAGAUGGUAACGAAGAUGGCACCAAUGCCAUGCUUUCUUGA